UUGUUCAGUACUGGUUGGACGCGUAUGCGUCGCGCUUCGUCCUCGUAGCGUCGAGAUUUUCAUGGCGCGUGUCUUUAAUGACUGUCAACAGAAAUAAUAAUAAUUCUAUUAGUUCAAUCAAAGUUAAUGAUUAUGAUUGUGUGUGAUUAGUGUUAAUUCAGAAUGAAGAAGAAGUUUAUAUAUUCGAAGAUAAGUGCGUUAUUUGUAUAAUAUUAUUACGAAGGUUAGAAAGAAGUAGAUAAAUUUGUCGAAGAAACAAGGGACAAGGAUACAAAGGGAAAAAAAAAAAACAGGACAACGAAUGUCUGCUGCUGUUGCUGUUGCUGCCAAAGGAUCCUAACAUAAAUCGUAAUGGAUCGCAAAAACAACGUCUGUCAUUGGGACGUUGAUAAAAAAGCGAUCCAUAAAAUGAUUCAAGAAAUAUUAUUAUUAUCAUCUCGACAAGAAGUGAUGUCUGCUGUACAGAUAUUAAUUUGAAAUAUCGGAGUUUACAGUGAUUUUCUGUUGAUAAUCGAUUGAAGGAUCGAUAGAUCGAAAUUCAAGACUAUUUUAAAAUGGCUGACGUUCAAUACACAACAAAGGAUAAUUUUUUAAGGGAUUAGAAUUAAAACUCGUAGACAAUGCAUACUCCUGCUGAAACCGAGAAAUUACCUCAACCUGGGAUGUUAAAUCUUGGGUCUCAGGAACCGGUCACUUCAUCCGAAGUGAGCCAAGUCAUCUUAUCCACUUCUCAUCCAGAGACACACAUAUUUACAAAUAGCAUGCUAUGUAUUCAAGAAGAGUUGGGUCAACUAAGCGGAAUCGCAGGAGGUCCAAUCAUAAACGACACAAAAAUACAAAUAAACGACAGUAAUCAAACGAAUUUGGAUAGCAACAGUAAUAGCAGUGAAUUUCCAACGAAAUGUACUUCAGGAUCAGUUUCUUUAGAUGCUCAAAGAUCAAGCUGGGUCGAAGGAAUCUUAGGAUGUAUGCGACCUGUUUGGACUAUGCUAUCGAAGGCUGCUGUUAAUGAAAAAAUAAAAGGACACCAAACUGAUGAUUGGGAAAUACCAUUUGAAUCAAUUAGUGAACUCAAAUGGUUGGGUUCUGGAGCUCAGGGUGCAGUUUUUAGUGGAAAAUUGAACAAAGAGGUAGUAGCUGUUAAGAAAGUAAGGGAACCACGUGAGACUGAUAUACGGCAUUUACGAAAAUUAAAUCAUCCGAAUAUAGUACAAUUUAAGGGAGUGUGUACACAAGCACCAUGCUAUUGUAUAAUUAUGGAGUAUUGCCCAUAUGGACCUUUAUACGAUUUAUUAAGGGAUGGGGAACCAGUCCCUCCUUCAAGAUUAGUAUCUUGGUCGAAACAAAUUGCAGCAGGGAUGGCUUAUCUUCAUGCACAUAAAAUUAUUCAUCGAGAUCUCAAAAGUCCAAAUGUUUUAAUUGGUCAUGGUGAAGUAGUGAAAAUAAGUGAUUUUGGAACAAGCAGAGAAUGGAAUGAAAUUAGUACCAGAAUGAGUUUUGCUGGUACUGUUGCAUGGAUGGCUCCAGAAAUAAUUAGAAAUGAACCUUGUUCUGAAAAGGUUGAUAUAUGGUCAUAUGGCGUUGUACUUUGGGAAUUAUUAAGCGGAGAAGUACCUUACAAAGAUGUUGAUUCAUCGGCUAUAAUUUGGGGUGUAGGAAACAACUCUCUUCAUUUACCUAUUCCAGCAAGUUGUCCUGAAGGAUAUAGAUUAUUAGUUAAACAAUGUUGGGCAGCUAAACCUCGUAAUAGACCUUCCUUCAAACAUAUUGAAAUUCAUCUUGGAAUUGCAGCUGUAGAAGUGCUUUGUACAAAAGCUGAUGAUUAUUUUAAAACUCAACUAUCUUGGAAAAAAGAAAUAAGAGUUCAUAUGAAACAAAUGCAAUCGAAUAGCUCAAGUAGUCCUAGAUUUGAAGCUGAUUUAAUUAGACGAAGAGAAGAUGAAUUAAGGCAUGCUCAAGAUAUAAGAGAACAUUAUGAACGUAAACUCGAACGUACUAAUAAUCUUUAUUUAGAACUAAGCGCUGUAUUAUUACAAUUGGAACAGCGUGAACGAGACGUAAUAAAAAGAGAACAGCAAUCAGGAUAUAAACAAUGCAAGAAACGUAUAGUACAUCCACUUUUGAAAGCACAAGAAAGAUUAUAUCGUAGAAGAAAUCCAACGAUACAAUUUUCAACUUCAUCGACUACUACAACACCAACAUCUCCUGUCGAUUAUCCAUUAAGUCCUCCUAAAGUAACUACUCUUACACAGUUGAAUGAAGCCAACCAACCAGAAACUGUACUAGCAUCGAAUAUUAAUAAUUUUAAACAAUGGAAAUAUAGACACAGAAGGGUUGGGUCUGGUUGUGGAGCCAGUUGUAGUCCUAAGUCCAGUCCUCUUCGUGAAAGAAAGAGUAAUGAAAUAGUGGCAAGACUCGUUGAUAAUCAGACUCAAACAGAUAUGACGGAUAUAAGUGGAGAUUUAAUGGAUUCAAUUAAAGAUUCAAUUGAUACUACAGAAAAAUGUUCAAUCGAUGGUAUCGAUAAAAAGUCAAUGGUUGAAAAUACUAUAGAAUAUUUCAAUGGAAAUCCAAUAUUACGUGAAACUCAUUGUAAAAUGCAGUCAAGUUCUUGUUCUAGUCCAGAUCAUGAGCAAGAUAAUAAUACGAAUGGAAACGAACGAUUGGCAGAUUGCAGUGACGAUGAUAAUCUUGAGACUCUUGGAAGAAAAGUGACAGAAAUUAUAAAUGCUAAUCGUCUUAUUUCUCCCAUAGAUAAUGGGAAUUGUGAUGAAGUAAUUAAAUCACACAGUAGAGGUAAAGACGAGACUACAAAACUGCCAGUGAACUAUUGUUCUGUUGCUAGUACAUUAAAUAUAUCACAGGAACAAUCAGAGAAUAGAAUGAGAUCAUGUUCGGAAUUUGUAAAUACUCUAUGCAAUCACGAGGAUGAUGCUUGUGACGAAAGUUGGUCAGACGAAGAAGGCGAAGACCCUAAUUAUAGUUAUAAUUUUUCUCUUAGACGUAGAAGUAUUGCAAGAAGGCCAAUUGGGCCAGGCUCUAGAUUAAGAAGAUUUAAGCAAGCAACCCUUAGAAUAGAAGGAGUAUUGGCCUCUGACGAGGAGAAUACUUCAGAAUAUUCACACCCUCCGUCCAGUCAAUCCUCUACAUUAGAAAGUAAUCCCGAUGUUCAAAGGGUCCUUCGUAAUAUUCAUCAUUCACAAAAGAGAAAAGGAAUACAUGAUGGUACGGAUUCUUCGAGUCAAUCGGAAACAGAUGAAGUCAGUGAGAUUACUAUUGCAUCUCAACCAAACAAUACUAAUAUAAUGAGGUUGAAAAGUAACGUUUAGUUCGUCGUAUUAUUAUUAGUAUCAUUUUUAAAUUUUAUUUAAAAAUGAUUUUCUAAUAUUAAAAUGUCACCUGCAAUAUAUUGAAUCAUUAUUUAAGUAAUCAUUAUUUCAUGUAUUCUUAUUUUGUACAGCUUAUUAAUAAUAUUUACGUACGUAUUGCAGAUCAUAGAGAUGCUACACAUAGAGCAAACAAACAAGCCAGCAUUAAAACCUGUCGGCGAAAUAAAAAGAGAUAGAAGAUAGGAGAUUGAUGUUGUCUCUUUCUCUAACUUGCCAGUCUUUUGUGUACCGCAUGAGUUAGAGAGAGAGAGAGAGAGAAAGAGAGAGAGAGAGACAACAUUAACCUUUCGUUUUUUGCUGCUAUAAUUCAUGCAGAGAGACAUUUCCAUUUACACAACCGCCGUCUAUGGUUUGUUUCCUCUAUCUGUAAUAUCUCUAUGAUUGCAGAUGCUUGUCUAUUUCAGGGUAUUUCUUAGAUUGUAUCCGCCAUGCAUAAUUUCUAAGUUAAAUUACAAAAAUCAAUCGUAAAUCUUUAGAUAUAUGUAUGUAUGUAUCUAUAGAUCAUACGAAAGAAAGA